AUGCCGCCUGGCAACCUCUUAGUCAAUGAAGUGGAUGUGGUUAAACUCAUUGCCGAGUUUUUGCAGAACAGAACACUUAACAUCUCCAUGUUAUCCUUGGAGCGAGAGACUGGGAUUAUCAAUGGGAUCUUCUCUGAUGAUAUGCUUUUUCUGAGACAACUGAUCUUGGACGGCCAGUGGGAUGAUGUCAUUGACUUCAUUCAGCCGUUGAUAACUAUCGAGGCAUUCAACAGUAAAAAGUUCCAGUACAUUAUCCUAAAGCAUAAAUAUCUGGAGCUUCUGUGCAUCAAGUCUGAGCCGAAUGUGGUCAAAUGUUUGAACACCCUAGAGGCUCUGUGUGGCAGCAAGGAAGAGUACAGCAAUUUAUGUUUCCUGUUGUCACUGCCAAAGUUAUCAGACCACAGCGAGUACCAGAACUGGAACCCUAGCAACGCAAGAGUGGAAUGUUUUAGACAGGUUGAGCCUUUGCUGCGACCUUACUUACCGAUUGAGAAAAAGGAUGAGCAAAAGAACCAGAUGAGCUGCAAUGACAGACUCAUGCAGCUGCUUCUGAAGGGUAUGCUGUAUGAAUCCUGUGUGGACUUCUGCCAGCAGCAGGCAACAGGAGGCAAUGGUGGCUUCUCUUACUCGUCACUGUUGAAUGACACAGGGUUCAAUGAUGCUGAUUUGUCAUUGCUUGCUUGGCUGCAAUGUAUCCCAUUUGAAGUGUUCUCCUGCCCCUUUGAGCAGAAGGCGAUAAAUGUGGACAUCAGACCGCUUAUCAAGCCUUCGCUAGAAGCUUCCUGGUCAGAGCAGAUCCUGGUCACCCCAAUCAAACCAAAGAUGUUCCCACACUCUGCGGUUCCUGCUGUGAGACCUCGGUCAGCGGAGCUAAUGACCCGGUCACUCAACCCACAGUUUGAUGGACUGUCAAGUGGAUUGUGGCAAGGCAACAGACUGGAGUGGUCCACCCAUCCAUUGCAGGAAGCUUUGUCUCAGUCCAUGAUCCCUGGCAGUAACCGGGAUCCUAUGCUGAUGUCCAUGGAUAAGCUCUUCUCCGAAGGCGAGGUGAUUGACACACAUGCAUCCAUCUCAGAGGAUUUGAAGGGAUCGCCACGAGUCAGCGGCAACAUGACAAAGCCAGGAAGCCCAGCCCCUGCCACCAGAACUCCACUCAGAUCCAAUUCUCCCACAAGGAGUGUCACACUGGACAAGGCCCAGUCUGGCUUGCAGCUGUCGGACACUCCCCGGGGCUCACAAGCCUCCAAGGACUCCAGCAAUGAGCUGUACAAGGAGUAUCAGCGGCAGAGACAGCUUCUACAGGAGCAGCUAACUUUACAGGAAAAACAGCGAGAGCUGUACCAAAAAGAGUUAAUGGAGAUAGAAAAGAAAGCCCAGCAGGCAAUGGGAGACAACAGAAUAUCAGAAGAGUUCUUCUCUCAAGGGGAAGCAAUGCUGACCCAGCAUACAAAUGGCUUUUUUUUAAAAAUAUUAUUACUCUUUUAUUGUUUGCAUGUGUUGUUGCCAUGUUUAUGCAGUGUUGUAUUGUUGUAUUUCCACUCUAUUGUUUUUCUAGAUGUUACAGAGAAAGAAAACUGCUCUAUAUCUGAGAAUGAUGCUCAGAAUGAAGUGGGUGAGAAAGACCAAAGUGUCUUGUCCGUAUUUGUUUCCUCCCUUCCCGCCUCUUCCCCAUCACCAGUAGCAAAUGUCAAAACCUCCACUAUAUCCACCACUGCUGAGGAGAUUGAUAACUUUCAAGUUCAUGCUCAUGACCUUGAAGCAGACGGCAACUCAGAUGAACCAGGUACGGUCUCCCCCAGCAAGACAGGUAAUUUAUAUUUAGAUUUUACCUCACCUCCAACUAGCUGUAGAAUCCCUAAGAUCAGAGGGCCGGCAGAUCGUGCAGCAGCAGCAGUAACAUCCUGUAACAGUGCACCAAGUUCUCCUAUGGUCCGCAGAAGGCACAGUCUUCCUAAGCGAUCAGUAACACCUUUGAACUUCACUAGCAAGAAUACAUCAUCAGUCAGGCCCCAUCUACUAAGACCUGUCACCCCCGAUCCUAAAGAUAGAACCAGUGGAAUUUCUGUACCUGUGAAAACAAGGGGAUUAACCUCUCCUUGCUCUUCUGCAUCUUCCUCCACUUCUUCACUGCCUCGAUUCAUCCCAGUCACCAGACUUGAAGACAGCCAGGCUAUUCGAACUGUCGCCUUUCAUCCCAGUGGCAACUUCUAUGCCAUUGGAUCAAACUCAAAGAUGUUGAGAGUUUGUGCGUUCCCUAACAUGGGAAACCUAAGAGAGGAACAUGUUGCCUACGAGACCAGCGUGGUGUACAAGCAUGGCAAACAUCACAAGGGCUCCAUCUACUGCGCUGCCUGGAACCCUCUGGGUGACCUCCUGGCCACCGGCAGCAAUGAUAAAACAAUCAGGCUGACUAAAUUUAAUGAGGACACUCUGAGUGCUGAAGGACCUGGCAUGGAGCUCAGCUUUCACGAUGGUACUGUUCGUGACCUAGUUUUCAUGCAGGAUGUGACCAGUCGCAGCUCAAUUCUCAUCAGUGGCGGGGCGGGAGAUUGUAAAAUUUAUGUCACAGAUUGUGAGUCUGGGGCGCCGAUCCGCGCCAUGACAGGUCACACUGGUACGUGCUUGUUUGUCACAUUUAUUCUCUGCACACUUGGGGUGGUUGCAUGUUUGUCAGUCGGGUCCCAGGACAAGACAGCCAGGUUCUGGGACUUAAGAGCCUCAGCACCCAUUACAGUCGUGCCAUCACCAUCAGGCAGUCCAUUUGCUUCAGUGUGUGUUGAUCCUUCUGGUCGUUUGAUGGUGUCCGGACAUGAAGAUGGCGUAGUCAUGCUGUAUGAUAUACGAGGAGCUAAGGUUGUGCAGAGUUUUCAGCCUCAUUCUGGAGAAUGCAGGUCUGCCAGAUUUUCCAACAAUGCAUAUUAUCUUCUGACUGUGGCUUAUGAUAAUAGAAUCGUCAUAACAGACUUACAUGGUGACCUUUUGCGACCUCUGCCCAGCGUGGUGGUUGGAGAACACAAAGACAAGGUCAUCCAGGGUCGAUGGCACCCAACUCAGUUCGCCUUCGUCACCAGCAGUGCAGACAAGACAGCCAUAUGUUGGGGAUUACCUGCAGUUCAGUAA